GAUCUAGUUCCGUUGACCUCAUCAGAGUGUGACCAACACCUUUAGGAAGAUGAUGGAUGGCUCACUCCAGAAACUACUUAGGGGAGACCAGGAAGUCUGUGUCUGUUGAAGACAGAGAGUUGUGAGAGAAAGAAGCCGCUGAGGAGGAACGACCAAAGAGAAAUUAAAGCCAUGGCUGUGAAUAAAUGCAUCAAAUACCUUUUAUUCUUCUUCAACCUUCUGUUCUGGCUCAGUGGCUGCAUCAUCCUCGCCGUCUCCAUCUACCUGAGAGUUGGCAACAAAAUAAGCAUGAUCACCGAUGACACUGUUGCUGGCGUCAACCUGAUGAUCGCCAUCGGAGCGAUCAUCAUGGUGCUCGGCUUCCUGGGCUGCUGCGGAGCCAUCAGAGAGAACCGCUGCAUGCUGCUGAUGUUCUUCAUCAGCAUCCUCAUCAUCUUCAUCCUCCUGCUGGCAGCGGGCAUCCUGGGAGCCAUAAAAUCAAAUCAGGUGAAUGAAUGGGUGAAGAGCAAUUUCGAAAAGUUGCUCCCACUUUCAAAUCAACCACCUGAAGUGAAAGCAGAUCUGGAGAGCAUGCAGAAGCAGCUGCAGUGUUGUGGUGUAUUGAAUGGGCCAUCAGACUGGAGUACCCAGGUUCCCAGCUCCUGUAACUGCAAUGCCACACAGCCAGCAUGUUCAAACGGCGUCUACAGCACGCCCUGCGCUACCCAAAUCACCAAUCUGCUGAAGAAAAACAUGCAGGUGGUGCUGGGAAUUGCCUUCGCCGUCGCCAUCCUGAUGAUUUUCGGCAUGGUCUUCUCCAUGAUUCUCUACUGUCAGAUUGGCAGAAAGGAGGCCACCGUCACCACUGCCUGAACACCCACACAUGGCCACGCCCCCCUGCGUAACAUGCAUCAUUUAACCUCAGUGCUACUGUACCUUAACCCGUGCUUUUACUCUGAAGGAACACGCUGAUAUUGUGGUUUAAAUUUCAUCUCAUUAAUACAUUUUAUAUGAAUAUGGAGUCUUAUAGUGACAAAAUAGUGGAAAUGUUCAAUAUAUAAAUGUUUUUUGGCUAAAUGCUGCAGAAGUGAAGCGAGGAGGUGUAAAAUUAACCAGUGAUUACAGGAGGGUAAAAUAAAAGUCUUAAAUCGAGUGAAUAAAUUAAAGACAUUUCUUACAUUUAUUUUUGUUGAUAUAAUAAAAGUGAAAAUGAUAUUGUUGUAGGAGUAAAACAAAAAUAAAAAUGUGUCAAAUAUCAGCGUGUUCCUUUAACUGUAUAGAAAUCCUGUGAAAACUAUUAUUUUACCAAAAACUCAUAUCAAAACCAAAGUAUAUAACUAGUUUAACAAAACAUUAGUCUAUGUUGUUGUUUAUACUUUGGGCUCAAGGAACAACAUGUAGGAAUAUUAUUGUCAAUAACACUGUUUAAAUCAGUUAUUAUGUAAAGCUUAUUAUGUAUGGAAACCCAUUACUGCCAAAAUAAUAAAAUCAAUAAAUGUGGGUACGUAUGAUUAAAAUAUUAAAUCCUCAUUCCCGUAAUAAGUUACUAUCUCAUGACAGAUUUAUACAUAAGUCAUUAUUAAUUCUCAUAAUUAUGACAAAUUCUUAAAUUCUGUUUUACUUACACUCAGAUCUAGACUUUUUAUUAAUGCAGUUUAUUUUGCUGUUUCAUUGUGUAAAUUAUCCUUGUGUUACAUGAAAGAUGCAUCAAAAUUUAAUUAUUAUGAUGAAAUAUUGAUUUAUAGUUCUGAGAUAUCUAAGAAGAAUUGUUUCUGCAUUGCCUUAUUUUUUAUGUUUAGUUUUCUUUUUGGCAGGAAUGGGCUUCCACAUUUUUUUGUCCAAACAUAUACUGCUAUAACUGUCUGUUGCAAUGUCUGCUGCCAUCUUUGGUUACUAUUAAUCCUCAGGAAGAUGAAGUUGUGGUGUGUGCACUUACGCUGUUCUAACAUAAGAUAUAAUAACUAUAUUGGCAUUAUAAAACAACCCUUGAAUUUGACGCUGCUGCAUAGAUUUAAUAUCUUAGAUCACAUUGUUAUAUUACUCAGUACCUUGAUUAUUUUACAUUAUACAUAUUUGUAGUGUAGAAGUAGUAAUCUUUGCACCAAAUCUUGUUACUGUUGCAUUUAUGAAUGCUUUUUUGUUUUUUUGACAGGCACUGGUUGAAAUCUGUUAUGCGUUUGUUUUGUAACCUAACUGAAUUUAGUUUGAGAAUGUGUCAUACUAUACAAGAAGUUCUCUAAAAUUUGCUGUUUUAUUUUAGUUUAGUUUGCUUUCACCAGGGAAAUAAAACUAGACUUGAGAACCCCAUAAUUAUACUAAUAUAAUGGUUAAAUUCAAUUCUAAGAGACGUAAUUUGUCAUACAAAUGGGACACAUUACAAUUCAUAUUUUCUUACAAGAAGAUGCUUCCGCAUUCUCCAGUAUUUUCCAAAAGAGGGUUUAAUAUCAAAAGAAUAAAUGUACCUUCUUAAGAUGAUUUGUGUGGACCCCUCUGACCCCACCCUACAUGACUGACUGAUCUGAAUGCUGUGAUGAAAUGUAACAGAGGAUGUUGUUUGUUCGCUGUCUUGACAGCCUGAUAUGUUCCUGUGCGAGCGUCUGCAGCCUGUUGUUUUAAAUGGUUUUUAUCAUUGCAGCUGUCUAAAUACAAUAAAUGAUGAAGGGAAGCUCUGGCUGCAGCUGUCCGGCUCUCUGUCUGUGUCACAAGUGAAAGUGGUUAAAUGUUAAAUUUCUGAUAAAUGCCAGGACUCGGUUUGCUUCCUCCUCCAGAUGAAUCCAAACUGUUCUUUCAUUUGCAGGAUCAAAGUUCACCAUUUAGCUUCUACAAAGCUUCACAGGAUCCGGUCUGCUAGUUCCCUCAUGUAGUCAGCCAAGUUUAUUUUUUCAAGUUCAAAAAAAAAGGUCCAUUUACUACAGACUGACUGAACACUGAAAAAGACAACAUCAAAUGUUUAGUGAACACCAAAGCGUCUGGUUGGAAAGGGUCAAAAGGUCAUCGACCAGGAGUCAGUGGAAGCUCUGAUUAAGAUUAAAGACAUUCACAACAACUACUCAAGCCCAUCUAUGAACAUGAAGACUGGUGAUGUGGUUGAAAGAUACUAAGUGGACCUUAAAUUAUUUCAGAAUCAUCUAUGUGAACACAUACAAGGAAUACUGUUGUUGUGCUGUGUCUCGGUGUUGUACAAAAUGUUGUUGUACCUAAUGAUGUUGUUGUGAUUGG